AUGUUUCGCUGGUUUCGCAGCGACGGCGUCGAGGCGUUGCGGGGGAAUUUUCGCUAUUUUUUCUUCAUCCCCACCCCGGGCCUCGUGCGGCUGAUCGCGCCGAAGAUCCGCGGGAUGGUGACCCGCUUCCUCGCCUGCUCGGGGGUCACCUCGGAGAACCUGGAGUUCUACGAGGAGCACUUUUACCGCACCUGCGCGGCCCUCGAGGGGCACUUCGCGCGCCAUCCCGCCCCGCACUUCCUCCUCGCCACCCCGCACCCGACGCUGGCGGAUGUCGUCCUCGGGGCGGCCUUCACGAGCGGGUUUCUCCACGAUGACCCCCCGGCCUCCUGCGUCUUCGAGAAGUACCCGCACUUGGCCGCCUACAUCGAGCGCAUCACGGGCUGGCGGGGGGGGGUCUUCGUCGGCAAAAAGGAGGGGCCCGAGGAGGCGGUUGGCCCCGCCGAUGCCGCCGCCGGCGAGGACGGCGCCUACCCGGACGAGGUCCCGGAGUCCCUGAGCGCGUUCUUCGAGAAUAUCAUCGAGGUGUUGCCUUUUAUGGUCUCCCAGUGCACGGCCUUUAAGGCCUACAUGACCAGCGACGCGGUGCGCACGCUGCGGCGGGAGCCCUUGGGCAAGCCCUGGAAGGGCUGCCAUGGGUAUCUCUUCCCGCAGAUCACCAAAAUCCGCUCAAUGAUGAUCAUCGACAACCUGAUUUCUAAUAUUCACAUUCGGGCUCAGGAUAUCGAGUUGGCCUUCUUGGCGGCGCGCGAGGUCUGCGAUGAGACGCUCAGGGAGUUUAAUCGCCUCGACCCCGCGGUCGAGGCGGAGGCCCCUCCGCCGAAUAAGGCGGGAUCCCACCACGCGCCCUGUUCUUUGCCCGAUUCGAUCGCUGCGGAGCCCCGCCAAGGCCCUCUCGCGGUGCGUCCCGAGAAUUCUUUGAGGCCUUACGACAAAGCCGAAGGCGGGACCCCCGAGGGGUGCAGCCUGGAGGCGGCGAAGGCAUUGCGGGAGAAUCAAGAGGAAACCCAACAGAAUUUUUUCACCACCUCGGAGCUGGAGAAGCUCGAUUCGGAGUCGGCGGACUUUUAUCGCGUUUUCACCAAGAAGGGCCUCCUCAAUCGCAGUACGGUGCAAUUGCGGAAGCCCUCGAGUACGGCCGGGGGUCGGGCCGCGAGCCGCGUUCCCCAUGAAAAAGGUGUGAUGAUCCUUCGUUCUUCUAUUGCGGAUCAUCUGCAGAUGAUUCGGUCCAUCAUGUCAAUGAUGGAGUGCCCGCACUAUACCCUCUCAACUGUCUUUCAUGGGCGACGAGUUUACGUGGCGGCGAUUCCCGAAUACGAGGUGGAUAAAAUACGCCGGCAGAAGACCUAG